AUAUGGAUAGCUGCAAUAGUGUUAGUGAUGAGGUUGCUGUUGUUAUGGUUCCUCUUCCAGCUCAAGGCCAUCUCAACCAGCUUCUUCAGUUCUGCUGCUUAAUCUCUUCCUAUGGCCUCCCUGUCCACUACAUUGGCUCUGCCAUCCACAACCAACAAGCCAGACUUCGAGCAAACGGCUUAGACCCCAACAAAAUAUCCAAAAUCCAUUUCCACGAUCUCCCCACUCCUCAUUUCGAUUCCCCUCCCCCCAAUCCCAAUGCCCCCAUUAAGUUCCCGGCUCAUAUGCAGCCAACCUGGGACGCCUCGCAGCUCCUUCGCCACGCCACUGCAACGAUUCUCCGCGAAUUAGCAUCUAAAGCUAGAAAACUUGUUAUCAUUCAUGACUAUCUGAUGUCUUCUGUUGUUCAGGACGGAGCGUCUCUCAGUAAUGCUGAGAUUUAUACUUUUAAUUGUGUGUCAGUUUUGUGUAUGGUUUCCUAUAUUUAUCAGCAAUUGGGGGCGCAAUUCGUCGAGAAAGAAGGGGAGUUGCGAGAGCUGCUCCCCACUUAUGGGGGAUGCGCAACAGAAGAAAUCAUGAGGCUUGGAGCUGCUCAGAGAGAGUAUGCAAAAUUCAAAGCUGGGGAUAUUCAUAACUCCAGCAGAUUGAUUGAAGGUCCGUUUAUUGAUUUAUUAGAGCAAGGAGAAAUGGCUCAGAAGUGGAGCCAAUGGUUUAUUGGUCCUAUACUCCCUGGAAAACCCGGGUUAAUCUCAAACAAAGCGAAUUCGUGCUUAGAUUGGCUUGAUCAGCAGCCGAAAAACUCUGUUUUAUACAUUUCAUUUGGUACCAUGACUUCCAUGUCUGAUAAGGAGGUGAGGGAGCUGGCAUUGGGGUUGGAGCAGAGCAAACAGAGGUUUAUUUGGGUGUUGAGAGAUGCAGAUAAAGGCGAUAUCUUUUCGGGUACACCUCGAGAGAUUGAGGUGCCAGAAGGGUUCGAAGAGCGGGUGAAAGGAGUGGGAGUGGUGGUUAGGGACUGGGCCCCACAACCCGAAAUCCUGGCUCACCCGUCCACUGGAGGGUUCAUGAGUCAUUGCGGGUGGAAUUCUUGCAUGGAAAGCAUUACUUUUGGAGUUCCCAUAGCUGCCUGGCCUAUGCAUUCUGAUCAGCCUAUUAACAGUUUUUUGGUGGCGAAAAUAAUCAAAACAGGCCUGAUGGUGAGGGAAUGGGCGGAUCGCCAAGAGGUGGUGAAGUCAUCAACGGUUGAGAAUGUGGUGAGGAGACUUAUGGCAUCAGAAGAAGGAGAUGAGAUCAGAAAGAGAGCUCAACAACUUGGUGAAAACAUAAGAAAAUCAGCUCAAGAGGGAGGUGGUUCUCAAAAGGAACUCAACUCUUUCAUAGCUCACAUCACUAGAUAGACUGUUUAUUUUGCAAGAUGCUUCAAUGUUUUGA